UUUGAGCAUAAUUUACGAUUAGUCCCCGAAGAUACGGCACAUAUGAUUGGAGAUGUCUACUGAACCCGGUCCAACAUGGCACCCAAAAUUUAGGCAAAUCGAGCCCUUCCAAAAAUGGGCCCCCACUGGGCCCAAUUAGCCCACAUGACCCGGCCCAAUAUUUCCUCCUUCUUCCCCCACCUCCUUCAAAAAUCACUCCCCUUGCCCCUCUCUUGGCUCCUCAAACGCCCUCCCUUCUUCUUCUUCCUUUUCUCCAAUGGAGUCUUCUCCCGACGACAUCGCCGACGACCUGCAGAGCCUCAGCUUCAACUCUACCAACACCAACCGCAGUACAAGCUCCGGCUCCGAGACCACUCUCACCGCCUCCUCCUCCUCCCUUAACAUCCCUUCCAUUCUCAGCAAGCCCCACGCGCCUUCCUCCGACCCUUGCUGGUCCGCUGUUAACCGGAUCCGAUCCGAAUCGUCGUCUCGCCAACUCGCUUUCUCCGACCUGAAGUUCUUCCACCGCCUUGGCUCUGGCGACAUUGGCUCCGUUUACCUCUCCGGCCUAAAGUCCGCUGGAAAAGACGGAUGCUUGUUUGCGGCGAAGGUAAUGGAUAAGAAGGAACUGGCGAGUAGGAGUAAAGAAGGCAGAGCAAGGACUGAGAGGGAGAUUUUGGAGUCUCUGGACCAUCCGUUUUUACCGACGCUCUAUGCUAGUAUCGACUCGCCGAAGUGGCUCUGUCUCUUGACGGAGUUCUGUCCCGGCGGCGACCUCCAUGUUCUCCGGCAACGGCAACCUAACAAACGCUUCGAUGAACUCGCCGUGAGAUUCUAUGCAUCAGAGAUAGUGGUUGCUAUCGAGUACCUUCACAUGAUGGGGAUUGUUUACCGUGAUUUGAAGCCGGAAAAUGUACUGGUACGAUCGGACGGCCAUAUCAUGCUCACUGAUUUUGAUCUCUCCUUGAAAUGCGAGGAUUCAACGGCGACCCCACAGGUUAUCAAUGCUAAAAAUCUGACAAAUGGCACGGCCCCGCUAAAGGACUACCAAAUUGAUGCACCUCCUUUCACAUCAUCCUCGUGCAUACUUCCAAAUUGUAUAGUCCCCGCCGUGUCAUGUUUCAACCCAAAACGCAAGCGCAAGAAGAAGUCUGGUCACCGCAACGGACCCGAGUUUGUUGCUGAACCGGUUGACGUCCGAUCAAUGUCGUUUGUCGGGACCCAUGAGUACUUGGCACCGGAGAUCGUCUCUGGUGAGGGCCACGGAAGCGCAGUGGACUGGUGGACUCUAGGGGUGUUUGUGUUCGAGUUAUUUUAUGGAGUGACACCCUUUAGAGGCAUGGACAAUGAGCUCACCUUGGCCAAUAUAGUGGCUAGAGCCCUUGAGUUCCCUAAAGAACCAGCGGUGCCAACGGCAGCGAAGGAUCUCAUCUCUCAGUUAUUGAUCAAAGACCCGGCUAGGCGGUUGGGAUCGACGACAGGGUCGUCUGCGAUCAAGCACCAUUCUUUUUUCCAAGGAGUUAAUUGGGCAUUAUUGAGAUGUACGUCGCCACCAUUUAUUCCUCCACCUUGUAGUAGAGAGAAAAUUGCAUCGGAUGAAAGCUGCACAGAGGCCCCAGUGGAAUAUUAUUAGUGGUCAAAGUGAACAAGAUUGGUUUUGUUACGAGAUUAGUUAUUUUCAGCCAGGGACGGUCGCACAAUUUUCCAUAGCUUAUUCUGCGAGCACAUGGCCUUUGUAAAUCUUGAUGUGCAUAUAUUAAUAAAGCACACUUCAUUGAAAUAUAGUUCUAAGCUAUGACUGAGAGAGACAACCUCAGCCAUAUUAGCUAGCUGGUUGAGAUUUUAGAGCUGUUAAAAAUAGUUUUACUAGAUCUCCCGCCUUCUUUAGUUUCUAAUCCAAAAGUCAGCUCAACUGAGCAAAAUAUAAAUAUCUUAUCAUGCAAUGCAGGAUCUUGAUGCAUCAGGUCCAAUAAAGCCUGUUUGAUAGUAAGUGCACUUGGAUGCGUCAAGAAACAUUACUUUUGAGAAUGAAAAUUACCUCUACAAACCUACAUUUGUUGUCCUUUUAGCAAGUUAUGAACAUAGGAGAUAUUUGUCCUACCGAUUUCAUAAGUUGGUGUUAGAUAGUUGAACUUUACCAACUUCAAUAAUGUACUAAUGAAAUUUGACAUUUAUUGAGAAACUGCAUCUUUACAACAUCCAAACACAGACUUCUCAACCCCAACGUAUUAACUCAAGAUUCAAAAUCCAAACACAAACUUCUCAACCCCAACAUAUUAACUCAAGAUUUCAAAGUUAAACAUGGCCCAUACACACUAUAAGAUCAAAUAAAGUUUUUUUUUUUUUUUUUAAAUAAUAAUAAUAAUAUUUUUUUUUUACUGAUAUGUAAUGCAGCAUAUUCUAUGAACUUUGUCUACUAUCUUACAUUAUCACUAUUUCAUAAUAUUUUUCAUUUUGAUAUGAUGUUGAUUCAUUUUGUAUAUUUUUUGCCUUGUAGAAGCCGUCUCUUAUCUGUGCUUCCCAUGGUGCAAUAGCAUCCAUUCCCUGUCCUGGUGUCAUCAGAGAUAAGUACAGCAUACAUCUGAUCUUCUGUUGAGGGCUUGCAAUGGCAAAGUAGCUGGCGAUGGCUGAUAGGUCAUGGAUGAAAAUAGGUAUCAUCUAUUUUUUUGUGUUUGCAUGCGAAGUUCGCUAACACAUCCACAUGGCUUGUUUUGUUUAGAGGAAGACGGGGUUGUCGACACAAACACACAAUUGUUUUUGAGCAGUUGUCUUCCUGUAGUUUUGUAAUGCAUUUGCUUUGAUUUGCCCUUUUUCUCCCUUUUGAUUUCUUCAAUAUGUCUGUUUCCCUUUGUCUCAAAUGCCUGCAUGUUUCUCACUUUUCCUAAUCUGCAUGCAGCCUUCUAAAAGCAAGCGAGUUUUGGAAAUUCUGCUGAAAGUUUUCUCCACCCAAUUUCUUAGCUAACUCUACAAACAGCAGACAUAUCAUCAAAUUGAAAAGAAGAGCAAAAAAACGUACGAAGCUUGGACAGAUCUGCAAGCAGACUGAAUAGAACCAUGAAUUUGUUAACAGUCAAUCUCUCUCUUUGUAUUCUCUUCAUGUUUUAGGAAUGAAAUGGAGACAUGUGGACAAGCUUUGUACCGAAAGCCAUAGAAUUUUCGUCCCAAAUAAUUGAAAAUGUUAUCCAAAUGAGAAGCUUUUUGGCA